CCAGCAGCGGGGAGACCCGGGGGCCAGUGACUUGGGACAAGUGCGAGAGCAGCCAGAUCGCCCGUCACCCCGCAGCCUCCAACAGGCUUCAGAACAAACCACUGUGGCUGCAUCAGGGGGUCGGGACUGCCCCCUCCACACCCAGCCCCAAGCGAUGAUGAAGACUACAUCCAGUGGGAACUGUGCACUCAGUGUGCCUGCCAAGAAUUCCUACCGCAUGGUGGUCUUAGGGGCCUCAAGAGUGGGCAAGAGCUCUAUCGUCUCCCGGUUCCUCAAUGGCCGCUUUGAAGACCAAUACACCCCCACCAUCGAGGACUUCCACCGAAAGGUCUACAACAUCCGAGGGGACAUGUAUCAGCUGGACAUCUUGGACACGUCAGGCAACCACCCCUUCCCAGCCAUGAGGAGGCUGUCCAUCCUCACAGGAGAUGUCUUCAUCCUCGUGUUCAGCCUGGAUAAUCGAGAGUCCUUUGAUGAAGUCAAACGUCUCCAGAAGCAGAUCCUCGAGGUCAAAUCCUGCCUGAAGAACAAGACCAAGGAGACGGCUGACCUGCCCAUGGUGAUCUGUGGCAACAAGAAUGACCACGGGGAACUCUACCGCCAGGUGCCCACCGACGAGGCUGAGCUCCUUGUCUCCGGGGACGAGAACUGCGCCUACUUCGAAGUGUCGGCCAAGAAGAACACCAACGUGGACGAGAUGUUUUACGUGCUCUUCAGCAUGGCCAAGCUCCCCCACGAGAUGAGCCCGGCCUUGCACCGGAAGAUCUCGGUCCAGUACGGAGACGCCUUCCACCAGAAAUCCUUCUGCAUGCGCCGGGUGAAGGAGAUGGAUGCGUAUGGGAUGAUCUCCCCUUUUGCCCGCCGGCCCAGCGUCAACAGCGACCUCAAAUAUAUCAAGUCCAAAGUCUUGCGGGAGGGCCAAGCCCGAGAGAGGGAGAAAUGCACCAUUCAGUAG